CCUCGUGAGUUGAGUCCUUCUUCAGUCUGCAGUUCUCACUCUCUCACCUCCAGAAGUGUUGUUGUUGUUGUUCCUCUCCUCGCACUGCAGAUUGGACAUGAUACCCAAGGCCCGUUUGGGAAAGCGCUCUCCAUUGGGAGCUCUGGUGAGUUCAGUGAGAUCUGACCAUGACAUCCACUCUGCAGUCAGUCAACCGGUUGCCACUGGCGUCAGAGGUCACCAAGGACAGAAGGUGUACUUCCAGUGUGCUGGAAUAGGUGAAGCUGCGGGUGCGAUGGAUCCUUCUGAGUGCUGGGCCUCCUCUCCAGCGCCUUCAAUACCAGAGCCACCACUCAGCAAUGGCUCGGUCUCCUCCUUCAUAGAAGUUCCAAGAAGGAGUCACAGGAGUCCAGAAGAAGUGGAAAUGGAUGAGAUGAUGGCAGCGAUGGUCCUCAGCAGUCUGUCCUGCAGCCCACUGAUGCACAACAAUGUCCAGCCAGAAACAGCUCUGCCGAUGGACUGUGGAGGGGGCGAGCUCUCUGACAGCGGCAGCAGUGGCUAUUGGAGCGUCGGCCGCAGCUGCAGAAGUCCAGCUCCCUCUCCACCAAUGGCAGAGCCGGAACAAGCCGCCCCCCAAGACGAAGGACUGGAGAUGGAGCUGGAGCAGGUGAUGUUCGACCAGCCCACGCCGCGGAAGCGACGGAACUCUGUAAAGGUGGCCUACAGGUGUCUGUGGCCGAGCUGUGGGAAGGUGCUCACCACAGUGGUGGGAAUAAAGCGACACAUCCGCACGAUGCACCUGAGCCGCGGCAGCGAGCACGAGCGCUGCUCCCGCAGCGAGGAAGACUUCUACUACACGGAGAUCAACCAAGUGGAGCCCCCUCAGCUGCCUCCUUCCCCCGCCUCCAUCUCCCCUUCCUCCCCUCCCAGCCCUCCGCCUCCCUCCCCUCCAACACCACCAUGUGCAGGUGAAGACGGGCUGAGUCGAUCAGCACCGACCUCCGGCAGCUUCUGGCAGGUCCAAUCAGAGCACUCCUAUCAGGCUCCCCCUCCAUGCCCAGUGGAGGCAGCCGCUCCGACAGCAGCCCCUUGUCAGUGGGUAACUCCGCCCACUACCUGCAGCAGACAGGGUUUGUCUUUUCGGGUGCGUUCCGUCAGUGUGGGAGAACAGUGGCUGCAGAACCAGAACUCAGCGUGCAGAAGGAUUCGCGGUGAAGCCAAGAAGUGUCGUAAAGUUUACGGCAUUGAGCACAGAGACCAGUGGUGCACAGCCUGUCGCUGGAAAAAAGCCUGCCAGCGGUUCCUCGACUGAACCACAACAGGACUGCAGGGUGAAGGUUCUUCACCCGCUUGGAGUUUUAUACUUUCCCAGACCUUUUUUUUUUUACACUUCAUAUUCCAAGUGUCUCUUAUUUUUAAAUGUGUAUUUCAUAAGCGGUGCUUUUUGAGGAACUAAUUAAGGGCAGCUACCAUGUGAACGUUAACCUUGAAACCAGCCGAGUUUGUGCCACAUUAUUCACACGCACUUGUCCAAAAAGCUGGUUACCAUGGAGACCCGUUCAGGACCUUGUGUUAAAGACCUGUAUUUAAACUUUACUUGCUCAAUCUUCUAUGCGUAUUUACAGCAGUUUAAAAGUACUUAAAAGUCCAGGGUUACAAUCUUGGUACAAUCGUGGUACAAUCUUCUACUAGCAGUGCAUUGCAGGUUCAUUUCUAUCCUAGCAAAGGCUAUUUUUGAUGACAGCUGAAGCACUUUUGGUAAACACUAGAAUCCAGUUUCCUCAUUCAGAUGUUCUGCUCUUUUAAGUUCACUUGACAACACGCAACAGAGCUAAACUGAAUCUAUUUUCCAAAACAAACUGCUUCAUGUUUUGACUUACAGAAAUGUCCUGACAAGGCAAAUGUGAAACUCCGACACUAAACAUAGAACACAUAGGAUAUUAAAUGAGUAACUGCACAACCGUGUUUCACUGAAACAAGGUCUCAAACUCAGUUUAAGUCAUACAUUCCACAACAAACCUAGAUUUUCUCCCCUCAAAUCUAAAGCCAGAUAACCACAAAAAAGUGAAAGACUUUCAGUUGCAGACUAUCAAAAUAUAAUCACCUGCUGUAACAAUAGUCACAAAGAAGAGAGCCACACCUAUUUAAAGCGCUUAAAAUGCCCUUUUCUCUUGUGGAAUCAUCUUCACUAACUCAUCAGUCACAAGUCUGUUUUGCAAAAAUGUAUCAGCACCUGAACUAAAUCAGUAUGUUUGACUUAAUCUGUCAUUUUGGACAACUUCUCCAUUGCUUCUCAGUACUUGCAUCUUUUUUUGUCCGUCAUUCUGGAGCUGCAAUCUGCUCCCGAUCGCUUUGUUUUUAAUAAGAGUUUAGUUAACACCCGUUUCAUUUUCUUUUCACAAAUACGAGAUCAUACUUUUCACAAACCUUCCUAUAAACAUGCAGCUUUUUACUUUACUUUGUCAACUUCAAAAUAACCUUUGUCUUGAUUUUCAUCUCAUUCAAUCCCAAAACACAAGUGGAAAGAGUGAAAUGCAGACUGAAUUAAGGACCUUUUUAUUUUCAAUAACAGGAUUUCCUUCCCCGUGAGUCUGUUUGCUUCUGUUACUUUGAAAGGAAGCUGAAGCCAUUUCUACUAGCCUCUAUGGAACUCAUAUGCAGUAUUGAUUGGUUCAACGGUCAAAGGUUUUACGAAGGAUCGUAAUAUAUGAACACGUUUCUCGGUGUAAAUACUGAAAGCCUGUAUUUUCUUCGCAUUCUUCUCGACAUUAAAUGUCUUUAAAUCAUUCUGUGUUUACUACCAACUUUCUUUGCUGUGAAAACAGACUGUAUUUAUACUCGCAUCGUCCUGUUUUGUCAAGUAAAGUUGCUGAUUAUAGCUUUUUUUUUUAAAAGAAAAAAAAAACAUGCACUCUUUUAUACAAGAUGUGAAUGAUCAUGUUGUUUACAAUAAACAGAUGGAAAGCUAUUUUGUCUGGUGACAGAAUAUUUUAAAG